GACGGGUUGAUGUUGUUGAACGUACUUUCCAAAUAGCCCACUGUCUAUUCAGUGAACUUCAUCUUCAACGCAUCGACAAAGUCAGAGUACCCAAAAAAAAUCGGCAGUUUCACCGAAAACAAUGCGAUUGUGCGUAAUAUCAAGCGCUCUUCAGCUCAUGACGACGCGACAUCGAUAAGCCUUUCAAAAAUGGGUUCGGGAGCGGUGCGACGCGCUGGGCUGCUCCCGCAACGCGGCUCAAGCAUUGGCAGGUUCCUGUGCAGCUCACAGCAGCAUUCUACUGGUCUUGGCCUCGGCCUGAGCCACAAAGUAUUGCCGGCACUUCCAGCUGUUCCUCCGAUUUCCGGUAGUGGGAUCCGAUGCUGGAGUCAAAGAGGAUUUUUCAGCGGUACGCUUCUUCUCAAAGAACGUGUGAUCGAAUCCCAAUUCACCACCGUGUUUACUCCGAAGACCAUCAGUGGAUUAGCGGGCCGGCGAUAUCUCAAGACCAACGCAGUAUGGAGCCCCCCGGUCUCUGUUCUACGCCGAUUCUCUGCCACAAAGGCAGCCCAAAAGAACGGUUACAAGGCUAUUAAGAAGGACGGGAUUGCUGAGAUUAAAGAGACGACCUCUGAGAAAGGGCACAAGAAGGAACUGGCCGAUCUCGAAUCAUUUGGUACAACGGAGAAAGCAAGCAAGGCUGCCCAGGUCAAUUUACGAGCACGUCUCUCCAAGGAGGGCAAGGGCGCUUCGAAGAAGAAGUGGCUCGAUGGACUGCGUGAGAUUUGGCGGCUAUUGUAUAUUGCUCGCCCAGAGCUCAAAUAUCUAGGUGUUGCUGUGGUUCUACUGCUCAUCUCAUCUGCGGUAACCAUGUCAAUCCCUUUGUCUGUUGGCAAGAUUAUGGACCUCGCUACCAAAGGGUCUCCCGACGAGGCCAAGCUCUUUGGUUUGACCUUCUACCAGUUCUUCGCUGCCUUGGGUGCUGUCCUCACCGUUGGUGCUACGGCUAACUUUGGCCGAAUCAUCUUGUUGCGCAUUAUUGGCGAGCGUGUGGUUGCACGCCUUCGAUCGCAGCUCUAUCGGAAGACGUUUAUUCAAGACGCUGAAUUCUUUGAUGCAAACCGAGUCGGCGACCUAAUUUCUCGGCUGAGCGCAGAUACUAUCAUUGUCGGAAAGAGCAUCACUCAAAAUGUCUCGGAUGGUCUCAGAUCAAUUGUUAGUGGAAUAGCAGGCAUGUGUGCGAUGGCUUGGAUCAGCCCUGGCCUUACUACUGUCAUUCUGUACGCAGGCCCCUUUGUCGCUGGUGCUGCAUUUUUCUAUGCUAGAGCGAUUCGGAGGCUCAGCCGUGACAUCCAAAAGAAUGUUGGCACGUUGACCAAGGUUGCAGAGGAGCGACUCAGCAACGUGAAGACCAGUCAAGCCUUCACGGGCGAGAUUCAGGAAAUGCACCGUUACAACAGGCAAAUUCGCAAGGUCUUCCAACUCGGCAAGAAGGAAUCGAUAUUCACUGCGACAUUUUUUGCCUCGACUGGAUGGAUGGGUAACAUGACGAUUUUGGCGUUGCUGUGGUUCGGUGGUGGCUACGUCCGAGACGGUCUAAUGAGCUUGGGAGACUUGACGUCUUUCAUGAUGUAUACGGUAUUCGCAGGGUCUAGCCUAUUCGGUGUUUCCGGAUUUUUUUCGGAGCUCAUGAAGGGCGCUGGCGCAGCAACCCGACUCUUCGAACUUCAGGACAGAGUAGUUGGCAUACCCCCUACAAAGGGCGUCAAGGUCGUAUCGGCCCAGGGCCCUAUCAAGUUUUCCAAAGUUUCGUUCGCAUACCCUACUCGACCAGCAGUGUCUAUAUUCAACCAUCUCGAUUUCGAAAUUCCUUCCGGUAGCAAUGUCUGUGUCGUUGGACCAUCUGGAGGUGGAAAAUCGACGGUUGCAUCUUUAUUGUUGCGAUUCUAUGACCCGACCUCUGGAACUAUAUCGAUCAAUGGAGUCGACAUUUCCACAAUGAACGUCAAGUCUCUGCGUCGUCGCAUUGGUAUGGUUUCACAAGAGCCAGUCUUGUUCUCGGGCACUGUUGCUGAGAACAUUGCGUAUGGCCGACCCAAGGCCCCGAGAUCCGAAAUUAUCGCUGCUGCCCAGAAAGCCAACUGUCAGUUCAUCCAAGAUUUCCCGCAGGGUCUGGAGACCCAAGUCGGUGCUAGAGGUGCCCAGCUGUCUGGUGGUCAAAAGCAAAGAAUUGCUAUCGCCCGAGCUUUGCUCAAGGAUCCGGAUAUUCUCAUUCUUGAUGAAGCCACCUCGGCCCUUGACGCUGAAUCAGAGACGCUCGUCAAUGCGGCUUUGGCCAACUUGCUCAAAGGUCGUAGUACUACAAUCUCGAUUGCGCACAGACUUUCUACUAUAAAGCGAUCCGAUAAAAUCAUUGUGCUCUCGAAUGAUGGCACCGUGGCAGAAAUCGGACCGUAUUCCGAACUCAGUGCCAAUCCAGAUAGUGCUUUCAGCAAACUCAUGGAGUGGCAGAUGAGUGCCAACGAAGUCCAAGAUCCGCGCCAGCUCGGAAAUCCUCACACUAAGGAGAUCGAUGAGGAGCUGGAGGAACUUGUGGAGGAGGAAGAAGAAGAAGAAGACGCAGAAGACCAGGCUGAUGUCCCGAGUGAAGAAAAGCCUCAAAAAUAAUUCUUGUUAUACCACACACUAUGCAUUUGACGGCGGUACAGGUUUGGCAUUUUACGGAUAGUCCUUGAUAUAUGGGCGGACCUUGGACAGGUUUCUUAGAAGGGAGCCAGGUCAUAAAGAGGAAAUCGAGAUCAAUGAGAUCCUAUUUGUACAUGUAGAAUUAGGUUUUGCCCUGGCACUCCACUCGAUACCUUGCAUUUUUGGACUUGCCAGGCAAUUGAAGGGCCUUUCGGACAGAGGUUCGAAAACGACAAUUUACGAAUGUGCGAUUCCAAGCUUGCUAGUUUUACACAAGUGAAUCCUCGAGAUGCGUUACCAAGUGACGCAGCCAAGCAGAAACUGCUGGGACCCACAUCUCAGGCAGCCGUAACUGUUGAGGAACCUCAGAUACGACUCAAGCUGACAAGGAAGCUGCUAAAAGUUGGACUCUCUGUCCUGUUGGGGUCAUGGGAUUGAGG